AUGCCGUCACACAAGCUACUAAUUCGUUGUUUGCGGACUGAGCUGCGCUGGGCUACCAGCGCACACGCCUUGAUAGGUCGACCGGAUAGGGUUUAUAACAUGAGGAAGAGGUUCGAGCAGGUCGAUGUUAGAAGGGCUGCCAUGGAGGAGGCUUACGCUGAGCUCGAGGACUCGGAGGUGGAAAAGGGAGUCCUGGGCUCCUGCCGCGCGGACUACGAGCAGUUCCUCGCGCUCACGGACGACUUGAUUGAGACGGGGGCCAAGGCCAAGGAGAAGGAGCUCAAAUCUCGGCUGAGUGGCCUGCUCGAGUCCCCUCGGAAGCCGCCCACUCAGCCGGAGCUGUUAGGACGACUCCCCACGCUGGACCUGCCAAGGUUCUCCGGGGUCCUCUCGGAAUGGCUGACCUUCGUCGGUAUGUUUGACAGCCUGGUGGACGCCCGGAGGGACUUGACCCCCUGCCAAAAAAUGGGGUACCUCCAGGCAUCACUGGAGGGGGAGGCCCUGGGCGUCGUCGGCCACCUUAAGUUGUCGGACGACGCCUACCAAAACGCCAGGGACCUCCUCGCUGGAAGGUACUACAACGUCCGGCGGAUUGCUGACGAGCAUGUUCGGAGGCUGCUGAACCUUCCGCUGAUGAGGGACCGGACCAGACUACGUGAGGACAUCGUGAAUCCAGUCGUCGUACCCUCCUACCCUCCUAUACUACAGUUGUUGCGCAAGCCGGCUCCGGCGAGGCGAACCAUCGCCAGGGAGCGCCGCUGGUGCUACUCGUGCCUGGAGAGGCAUUUACAACGAGACUGCCCGCACCAGCGGCCCGGCACGCACUGCCAGGGCAACCACCACAUCAUGUUGUGCCUGAGUGCGCGCGGCGCGUCCUCUCCGGGCCCUGCCAGCCCCCCGUCUCCCACGGGCGGGGGCGCUCCGCCACGCCCCCUGUCGGGCGACGCUCCGCGCUCGCCAGUUGACCACAGCGCCCCUCGUUCUGAGAGGAGUCCCUCCCCCGACCGCUCGGGGAGUCGUUCCCCCGGGGGCGGGGGGUCUUCACCCCCCCUCAGUGGGUUGAGAGUGGAUUCGCAGCCACUCAGCGGUCAGCUAGACCGUUCUCACCCCCGUUGGCUGAGUGGCCGCGACUGGAACGCUGCCCGCCCCCCUUUGGUCGGUGCCGGUAUUACCGGGUUCCGGAGACCGCGUAUCGGCCCCGGGCCUCGGAGCCGAGGAUCCCCGAAUUUCCCCAGUUCGGCCCGUUCGGGAAAUUCCAGUCGAGGGACAUCGGGACGCCGUCGGAGUGCCGCUCUCGGGGCCCCCGGUUCGGGUGCCGGUCCGACAGAGGCUGCUCCAGAUAGGAGGCUGCCGCCCUAG